UGACAAAAUUGUAAUGUAAAUCAACAAUAUCUUCAGUGAAAAACACACAUUUGGUAUCACAUAGGUUUAAACUUGUAAAAGUAUUUACGAAUUCUGCGGGAAAGGGAUGUUUAUUUUCUUAACUAAGAAAGGAAAUGGACAGAAAUGCUCACACAGAAAUGCCAUUUGAUCAUACACGUGGAAGUUCGAAUUACCGAGUGGUCGUCAUGGGAACGGCUGGUGUAGGUAAAAGUUCAAUCAUCAGCCAGUUUAUGCACAACAAGUUUCCAGAAACACACAAAGAAACUGUGGACGAAUUACACCGACACAAGAUGAAAUUUAAUACCAUGUCUGUUGAAAUCGACAUAUUAGACACUUCAGGCUCAAAUGAAUUUCCUGCCAUGCGAAGACUUGCUAUGGCAACAGGCGACGCCUUUAUUCUUGUGUAUGCUGUCGACAAUCAUGAGAGUUUUGAAACUGUAAAAAGACUGCGUGAUGAAAUAAAAGAAUACAAUCAUAAAGACCACUAUUCAAUCGUCGUCGUUGCAAAUAAAACGGACUUAGAGGAAACAGAACCUGUUAUACAAACGGUCAAUGAAUCCGUGGUAUGCAUUGACUGGGAAGAAAAGUUUGUUUUCACAUCUGCAAAGACUGGUGUAAACGUAGAAAUAGUUUUUCAGUUGUUAGAAAACAAAAUCAAAGAAAGGAUAAAGCUAGAAGAAAAACGCCUGUCUUUCUUUCGAAGAAUAUCAAUGCCUAUUAUUAAACUGGCUAAACCGGAACGUCAACAUGCACCUAAGCUUAACAAAAACUCUAGAACACAAUCCUUUUGUGGAAGCUAUUCUAAAUAAAUACAGGCACAAUGUAUUCGUAAAGUUUUCUGAAUAUAAAUGUUAAAUUUUUAAGUGUGUAUAUAUGUUAACAUUGUCGAUAUGAAUAAUUAUGUUAAAUGUGAUUUAUGCAUACAGCUCAAUACUGUGCCUAAGACUGUAUAUGUAUAGAGCCAUUUUGAUAAUUCUUUGUUAUUGAGAGUUUGUGAUAUGGUUUAGAUUCCAUCUGUGGACAACUGUUUCCUGCAUUUGAAGACCAUUGUUAAUCAGUUUGCAGAUAUGUAUCAAUCUAGACAUUUAUGUAUGCCUUUGUGAUGCUACGUUUUGAAAUAAGAUCAGGUGAUGAA